UUGUGGGCUCUACAGAAAACAGACGCAUGAGUAAAGGAAUAGAGGGCUACCCCCCUCCUCCUCUCUUCCUCUCCCACUCUUUCUCCUCCAUUGACAGAGCUGAGAGAACGCUCCCCAGGUUAGACAUCCAGACAGACCUCUCUCCACUACAUGGACUAUCUACCACAGCACACAAAACAGACACCUUCUAUUGUUUCGACUUUCGUUUGGGGGGAAUUGUGUGUUUUCCUUUAAAAAAUCUGUCUUUCAAUGCAACAAUGAAGCUUUGUUGGACUUAAGUUUCCACAGAACCAGGAGCCGGUACAUCAGAACGCCGAAGAAGACUUAGGUCCGUUUUCAGAGUGAUCCUGUCGGGUUUUUGGACAGACUGGUUUCCAGGUGCGGUUGCUCCAACAGAGAUGGGCUCAGACGUACGUGACCUCAAUGCCCUGCUGCCCCCGGUGCCAGCCCUGCCAGGGGGGAAUGGGAACUGUACCCUGCCCGUCAGCAGUGCCCCUCAGUGGGGCCCUGUACUGGACUUCCACACUGGCGCCCCCUACAGCUCGCUGGCCCCCCACUCCUUCAUCAAGCAGGAGCCCAGCUGGAGCUCUGGGGAUCCCCAGGAGGACCCUCACUGUGGCCUGAGUGCCUUCACCCUGCACUUCUCUGGCCAGUUCACUGGCACAGGGGCCUGCAGGUACGGGGCCUUCGGGGCCCCCCCUCCACCCAGUCAGCCCCCACCAAGCCAGCCAAGGAUGUUCAGCAACGCACCCUACCUGACCAAUUGUAUGGACACCCAGCCCUCUUCCAGGAACCAGGGUUACAGUGCUUUCGAUGGUGCCACUAAUUACGGUCACACUCCCACACAUCACUCCUCCCAGUUCCUCAGCCACUCCUUUAAAGAUGAAAACUCCCUAGCUCAGCAGACCAGUAUGGGUGAGCAGCCGUAUUCUGUCCCUCCACCCGUGUAUGGAUGCCACACCCCAUCAGACAGCUGUACAGGCAGCCAAGCCCUACUGCUGAGGAACCCUUACAACAGCAGUGAUAAUUUAUACCAAAUGGCAUCUCAGCUGGAAUGCAUGGCAUGGAACCCUGUUAGCACGCUGGCUUCCACCAUUAAGAGCCAUGCUACGGGUUAUGAAAGUGACCCCAACCCUCCCAUGGUGUAUAGCUGCAGCACCCAGUACCGCAUCCACACCCAUGGCAUCUUCAGAGGCAUGCAGGUCAGUUCUCUUCUCUCACACCCACGGCAUCUUCAGAGGCAUGCAGGUCAGUUCUCUUCUCUCACACCCACGGCAUCUUCAGAGGCAUGCAGGUCAGUUCUCUCCUCUCACACCCACGGCAUCUUCAGAGGCAUGCAGGUCAGUUCUCUUCUCUCACACCCACGGCAUCUUCAGAGGCAUGCAGGUCAGUUCUCUUCUCUCACACCCACGGCAUCUUCAGAGGCAUGCAGGUCAGUUCUCUCCUCUCACACCCACGGCAUCUUCAGAGGCAUGCAGGUCAGUUCUCUCCUCUCACACCCACGGCAUCUUCAGAGGCAUGCAGGUCAGUUCUCUUCUCUCACACCCACGGCAUCUUCAGAGGCAUGCAGGUCAGUUCUCUCCUCUCACACCCACGGCAUCUUCAGAGGCAUGCAGGUCAGUUCUCUCCUCUCACACCCACGGCAUCUUCAGAGGCAUGCAGGUCAGUUCUCUCCUCUCACACCCACGGCAUCUUCAGAGGCAUGCAGGUCAGUUCUCUCCUCUCACACCCACGGCAUCUUCAGAGGCAUGCAGGUCAGUUCUCUUCUCUCACACCCACGGCAUCUUCAGAGGCAUGCAGGUCAGUUCUCUCCUCUCACACCCACGGCAUCUUCAGAGGCAUGCAGGUCAGUUCUCUCCUCUCACACCCACGGCAUCUUCAGAGGCAUGCAGGUCAGUUCUCUCCUCUCACACCCACGGCAUCUUCAGAGGCAUGCAGGUCAGUUCUCUUCUCUCACACCCACGGCAUCUUCAGAGGCAUGCAGGUCAGUUCUCUCCUCUCACACCCACGGCAUCUUCAGAGGCAUGCAGGUCAGUUCUCUUCUCUCACACCCACGGCAUCUUCAGAGGCAUGCAGGUCAGUUCUCUCCUCUCACACCCACGGCAUCUUCAGAGGCAUGCAGGUCAGUUCUCUUCUCUCACACCCACGGCAUCUUCAGAGGCAUGCAGGUCAGUUCUCUUCUCUCACACCCACGGCAUCUUCAGAGGCAUGCAGGUCAGUUCUCUUCUCUCACACCCACGGCAUCUUCAGAGGCAUGCAGGUCAGUUCUCUUCUCUCACACCCACGGCAUCUUCAGAGGCAUGCAGGUCAGUUCUCUUCUCUCACACCCACGGCAUCUUCAGAGGCAUGCAGGUCAGUUCUCUCCUCUCACACCCACGGCAUCUUCAGAGGCAUGCAGGUCAGUUCUCUUCUCUCACACCCACGGCAUCUUCAGAGGCAUGCAGGUCAGUUCUCUCCUCUCACACCCACGGCAUCUUCAGAGGCAUGCAGGUCAGUUCUCUUCUCUCACACCCACGGCAUCUUCAGAGGCAUGCAGGUCAGUUCUCUCCUCUCACACCCACGGCAUCUUCAGAGGCAUGCAGGAUGUCCGACGGGUGCCAGGUAUCGCUCCAGCCAUUGUUCGCUCAGAGACCAAUGAGAAGAGGCCAUUCAUGUGUGCAUAUCCUGGCUGCAACAAACGAUACUUCAAGCUGUCCCACCUGCAAAUGCACGGCAGGAAACACACAGGUGAGAAGCCCUACCAGUGUGACUUUACCGACUGUGGACGAAGGUUCUCCAGGUCAGACCAGCUCAAGAGACACCAGCGAAGACACACAGGGGUUAAACCGUUCCAGUGCGAGACGUGUCAGAGAAAGUUCUCGCGGUCUGACCACCUUAAGACCCACACCCGGACUCAUACAGGUAAAACAAGCGAGAAGCCCUUCAACUGCAGAUGGCCCAACUGUCAGAAGAAGUUUGCCAGGUCUGAUGAGCUGGUUCGUCACCACAACAUGCACCAGAGGAACCUGACCAAGCUGCAGCUUGCCAUCUGAGCCAGAUCUGAACCAGACCACUCUGCUCUGCAUACACACCGGCCUCGCUGCUCUCUAACACUCUGCCUACAUGAGACUCUGAAUCUCCAUCUCGUCAACGAUGCCUGUAGCACAAAGGGGACACGCAGCAGAGCAGGUCUAUCCACUAGAUAGCACAGCCACAAAGUAAAACAUGACUGCGUUGUAAAGAUUCAUAAAAACAACAAUGAGCUUUUUAGUCUUAAUUUAAGGUAAGGGUUAGGUAUAAGGUUUUAAAGAAGAGAAAUUGUAGAUAUUUAAAGAAGAGAAAUUGUAGGAAUAGGCGGGGUUUAUUACUUUGUGGCUGUGGUAACAGAGCAGGGGGCUGACAGUCUUGUUCAUCUGCAUGUAGCUGUAGAGCCUCACCUACGCACAGUCCUCCAAACAGCCCCAUCUAAGGAUGGUCCUCUGUCCAGAUGCUCUGAUCCAGAGGGUUAUUUUUAGUAAGACAUUUAAAGAGGGAAAAAAAAUGUUUCUGUCUCUUGUUGGUGUUGUAUACAGUAGAUGUGAAUGACUUUAUGCCUUUCAUUUGUAGUGUUACUUUGAGCAGUUUCAGAUUAAUUUAUUAUUUUAUCAUACUUUUGUGAAUUAAAAUAUCUUUCACUGGAAUGAUUUCUGGAACGGGGGACAUUUUUUACUUUGGUCCAGCAGCAUGUUCAUAAUCGCUUUCGUUCAGUCCACAAAUUUGAUCUGCACCAGGUAGUUGAAUCAUAAAGCUACAGUAAGUCCGCUUCAGUCUGUGAUGUUGUCUGUAAAUAUUGUUUCACUUUGACUGUGGAUUUUGGGGAUGUGAGUUAAAAAAUAUACAUGUAUCAUCACACUGGCUAUGUGGCCAAGAAGUUGUGCUAUUAAAUUAUGUAAAUAAUAGUACUGGACAAUGGAUUGUAUUUGAAAAAAAUAUCCUUGCCAUGGAAACAUGUGACUUAACUAUUAUACUUUAGACUAGACCUACUUUGAUAGAUCCAGGAAAUGCUUUUUUACAGUUUUUCUCAACUGCUAAAAUACUAAAACCCAUUGGCUGAACAAAGUUCUCAGUUGCCUGGACUCAUUUAGCUAAUUAUGCAGUCUGUUGUCAAUACCUUAAACCGUUUCACAUGGUAAAACACCAUUAGCAGAUCUCACUUAGAUUUUUCAGCAAAACUCUAAACACGUUCUCAUUCUCAAAACACAUUCUGCACUCUAAUGCACAUGUCAUCCAUACUGGUAAACACAAGUGGCAACAAGCAAAUACAAAUAGAGAACAAAUGUCAUUGAUUGAACACAACCUCUCAAAAUUGAUUUAACCUGUUUCAAAUGAUGCGACACAACCAAUAUAAGCCAGUUCAGAGAGCAAACAGGUUGUUGAAGGUGGGAAGGAGAAAGUCUGAGAAUGGAUACUGUAGUACAGUGCAUUGUAGGCUGUAUACUGUACAAUGGAUGAAUUGUAUGGCCCUGAACAUUGUGCUUUCCAUUUAUUAACAGUACUGACUGAUCAAUAGAUUUUGACUGGUUGCAGGUUCAUAUCAACACAGAACAAGAAUUACAGUAUCACAGAGACAUAAGACAAGUUUGUGAGGUGCAGCGUACAGUACUGUAAAAAUAGGGGUACAAGGAGGAGGAAGAACAAAAAAACAAAAUUGCAAAGAGCAAAGCAGAGUAGUCAUUUCUGAUCAAUUUUGAGCUACUAUGAUAGAACAUGAUUUCAUGUUCAUCAAAAGACAAUGACAGAAAAAUAUGAAUAUUUUUUUAGAUAAAAAAUGUACUUCUCCCUGAGAACUGUAUGUUUUGAACAAUGUGUUUUCUAUUGCUUGAGAGUGUAUAUCACUCUCAAUCAUUUUGAUCACUUUGUUUAUGAUUUGAGAGCAGUGUUUGAUUUUGAACACAGAUAAAACUGUUUUGAGGUGAAUGUUUCAUUUUGAGAGAGGAGUCAGAGGUUACGUAAAUAGUACUUGAAGAUGAGGUUUUGUGUUUAAUGUUUUCAGGAAAUGGAGCAAGGUUUCAGAAAAUGUGUUUUAGUAAUUGAGAAAAACUGUAAGUGUCAAAACACUUAUCUGUCAUGGAAACAUUUUUUUUUUUACUCUGAAGUGUAUUAUCAGUAUAUUAUGUUCUGUUCCCCUCUGUUUAAACUGUAUCUUUCCCCACUAUUUUUAUACAGUAUAUAUAUAUAUAUAUACUGUCAACGAUUCUUAGACACCAUCAUCAUUCCUAUCCUUAAGUUCUAUAUGCUGAUUCUGUUGUUGUUAUUUUUCCCCAUUGAGUUCUGUAUUAAAGUCCUCCAGCAGUGUGUGGCCUGCCUGGGCAGCUGUGUUGGCUCAGGGGGCCAGUGUUGAGUUACUUUUGCCCUCACUAACAGGGCUGAUCAACCGCGCUCCUGAGACCCAAUGACCAGACCAUAGCCUGACCUUAACCUGACCAGGUCGUGACCGCUCGUAGGUCAUCUUACACGAGUCGCCAGAGGAGGCUCAUACUGGCCAGCAUAAAAGUAGUUAUGAUAACAAAACAGAACUCUUUGACUGUAGCUAACAUCCGCUGCUUUCUUUAUCUCGAACCAGAUUAUUUAAAAAUUCCUUGGCUUCUGAGUGAAACAGGAGACACAGAUAAACAUAAACAUGUUUUCUCUCAAACUCACUGUUGCUCAGCACUCCAUCUUCAUCAAGCCAGCUAUGCAUCUCCCUGCACUUAGACAAAGAACACACUUCUAUGUUGUUUCUCUUUCCGUUGUCAGUUUGUUUAUCAUUUGACAUCCACAUUAAUGCACUGUCACUGUGAAAACAACAGACAAAAAGCUUGCUAUAAUGUCAAAAUGUACUACAGCUAGCUUUAAAACAUCAAGCCUUCUCUCCGAGUGGCUGACUGCACGGUGAUAGUGUUUUAUCACAUUGGGGGAAUAUUGUUGUUGAGAUCCUCUUCUUUCUUUAACUAUUCGCUUGGCCCCAGUGUUGUGUAAAUCAGCUUGACUCUCUCACACUAUUACUCAUAUAGAAAAACGCUAUAUCUCAAGAGUGCCAGUGGUUAAUCUCUGUCCCAGAUUUCUGCUCCAAGGCCCAGCUCCACAGCCUUUGAAGAGAGGUGACUGUUUUUUGUAACUUUAGUGCAGUCCACUUAUAAUCGUCACAACAGAGGCUGUAUGAAAACCAUCCAUUUAGAAAUAGUACAUUCCUUUACACAAAUGUGGGGCAUUCUAAGAGGAUAGGGUUGAAUGGGAAAGAAUACGGAUGACAUCAGUAUAGUGUACUGUCGUAGGACAACUUUACAGUACAUUAAACACUGCUUUCAAAGCC